AAGAGGCUGGUGCAGCCCAGUUCGACCAAUCCAGUCAUUGGGUGGGGAGCGACCCCAGAGCCUCAGGGCUGAGGGGAGAGACGCCAACCCGGGCUGAGCCCCAGGGCUGAGGGGAGAGACGCCAACCGGUCUGAGCCCCAGGGGCCGAGGGGAGAGACGCCAACCCGGGCUGAGCCCCAGGGGCCGAGGGGAGAGACGCCAACCGGGCUGAGCCCCAGGGGCCGAGGGGAGAGACGCCAACCCGGGCUGAGCCCCAGGGGCCGAGGGGAGAGACACCAACCCGGUCUGAGCCCCAGGGGCCGAGGGGAAAGACGCCAACCCAGUCUGAGCCCCAGGGGCCGAGGGGAGAGACGCCAACCCGGGCUGAGCCCCAGGGGCCGAGGGGAGAGACGCCAACCCGGGCUGAGCCCCAGGGGCCGUGGGGAAAGACGCCAACCCAGUCUGAGCCCCAGGGGCCGAGGGGAGAGACGCCAACCGGGCUGAGCCCCAGGGGCCGAGGGGAGAGACGCCAACCCGGGCUGAGCCCCAGGGGCCGAGGGGAGAGACGCCAACCCGGGCUGAGCCCCAGGGGCCGAGGGGAGAGACGCCAACCCGGGCUGAGCCCCAGGGGCCGAGGGGAAAGACGCCAACCUGGGCUGAGGGUCAAGGGGAGAGACGCCAACCCUGGCUGUGCCCCGGGGCAGAGGGGAGAGACGCCAACCUGGGCUGAGCUGCAUGGGGUGAUGGGGGUAGACCUCAAACUAGAUUAAGCCUGUGAGGCAGGAGAUCCCAAAUUGAGCUGAGCCUGUGAGGCAGGAGGACUGCUAUUCAGGCUGAACCCCAAAGAUCCCAAAAAGGGCUGAACUCCAGAAAGGGAAGAGACACCUGUGGGGCCCUCAUUUCAUUGUCCCCUUACAGAGUUUACUGGGGUGGCAGGACAAAUUGUCAGGCACCAUGAGUGACAAUGCUGGAGAAGGGAGAGCAUCAGAAAAGAGGAAAGAGCAGAAAAGCAGGAAAGCAGGGGAGAGUUCCAAGGUGGAAGAUGAAUUCAAAGAGUUGUCCAUCUAUUUCCCUAAGGAGCAAUGGGCAGAGAUGGGAGACUGGGAGAAAACCCGCUACAGGAACAUGAAGCGGAACUAUGAGUUUAUGGUUGAACUCGGCCUUCCUACCCCGAAACCUGCAUUUAUGUGUCGUGGUCGACGUCCCCCAAACCCCAUCAUAUACGACUCUGAGUCUGAUGAAGACUGGACACCAAAACCUUUAGUUAAAACCUUCAGGCCACCAUGUAAAUCUGGCAGUAUGAAACAGGAAAAAAAGAAAAGGCAGAACGUCAGUCAAAAUGAAAAGGCAAUGCUGGAGAAGGCCUCUGAGAAGGAAGUCUCUGAAAAUCAAACCAAUGCUGAGAAAGUGGACAAAAAUUCAGAUGUGGGCACCAGAAUCCCUGUCACUAAUGUUGUUGUUCUGAAAACUGAUCUACCCAGGUUAGCAGUUUCUAAAACCCAAGGGCAGAGCACCCAAGUUAACACAUACAGCUUACGAAAAAGAGAGAAAAAAGUGUACGUUGAAAUAAGUGAACCACAAGAUGAUGAUUACUUAUUUUGUGAGGAUUGCCUGACAUUCUUCAUUGAUGAGUGUUCAGUUCAUGGCCCUCCAGUUUUCAUCAGAGACCCAAUAGUAGAAACAGGACAGGAAAGGAGAGCAGCUCUCACUUUGCCCCCAGGGAUGAGAAUUGGGCUUUCAAGUAUCCCACAGGCGGGGCUUGGAGUCUGGAAUGAGGCAGACACCCUGCCGGUUGGAGUUCAUUUUGGCCCAUACGAUGGAAGGAUAACAGAGGAGGAGGAGGCAGCCCACAACGGCUAUUCUUGGCUGAUCACCAAGGGAAGAAACUGGUAUGUAUACAUUGAUGGAAAGGAUGAAAUGAAUGCCAACUGGAUGAGGUAUGUUAACUGUGCUAGGGAUGAGGAAGAGCAGAACCUUGUCGCUUUCCAGUAUCGUGGGAAAAUCUACUAUAGAGUGUGCAGGGCCAUCCUGCCCCACUGUGAGCUUCUGGUCUGGUACGGGGAUGAAUAUGGCAAGGAGCUGGGCAUCAAAUGGGGCACGCGAUGGAAAAGCACAGCACCACCCAAAGUGCAUGGGCAGGAUCCACACUGCCAUCCAUGCCCUCACUGCAGGCUGGCUUUCAGCAGCAAAGAUUACCUCCGCCAACACUUGAAGCGUAAGCACCUGCCUACCGAAUUGCAGACUGAAGAAGACGAAGGUGCUCUGGGAGGGGAAUCUUGCCCUAAAACCAGAGGUCUUUCCUUCCCGGGAAAUCCACCGUCACAGCAGCUCGCACCAAACCCCAGCUCCCUCAGCAAAGGCACCUGGGGAAAGGAACCACACUUGCAAGGGCAGAGGGAAGGUGUUGGAGGUAGAGAGGCUUUUGGUUUACUGUCAAACCUGCCUCCACAGCAGUGGAGGGACGCAAUAGGGGAGCCACAUGCACAGAGCAAAACAGGGGAGGAGGGAGGUGGCGGUCGCAGACAGAAGUGGUAUUCCUGCGGUGAGUGUGGGCAGAACUUCCACAGGCGAUCGCACCAGGUUAGACAUCAGCAGAGCCACACAGGAGAGAAGUCCUAUCCUUGUGAGUGUGGGAGGAGGUUCAGCCAGUCAUGCAGCCUCACCAGACACCGGCGCAUCCACACGGGAGAGAGGCCCUUUCAGUGCCUGGAGUGUGGGAGGAGGUUCAGCCAUUCAUCCAACCUCACCAGACACCAGCGCAUCCACACGGGAGAGAGGCCCUUUCAGUGCCUGGAGUGUGGGAGGAGGUUCAGCCAGUCAUCCAACCUCGCCGGCCACCAGCGCAUCCACAUGGGAGAGAGGCCCUUUCAGUGCCUGGAGUGUGGGAGGAGGUUCAGCCAUUCAUCCAGCCUCACCAGACACCAGCGCAUCCACACGGGAGAGAGGCCCUUUCAGUGCCUGGAGUGUGGGAGGAGGUUCAGCCGUUCAUCCAACCUCACCGACCACCAGCGCAUCCACACGGGAGAGAGGCCCUUUCAGUGCCUGGAGUGUGGGAGGAGGUUCAGCCAGUCAUCCAACCUCGCCGGCCACCAGCGCAUCCACAUGGGAGAGAGGCCCUUUCAGUGCCUGGAGUGUGGGAGGAGGUUCAGCCGUUCAUCCAACCUCACCGACCACCAGCGCAUCCACACGGGAGAGAGGCCCUUUCAGUGCCUGGAGUGUGGGAGGAGGUUCAGCCAGUCAUCCAACCUCGCCGGCCACCAGCGCAUCCACAUGGGAGAGAGGCCCUUUCAGUGCCUGGAGUGUGGGAGGAGGUUCAGCCAUUCAUCCAGCCUCACCAGACACCAGCGCAUCCACAUGAAGAGGCCCUUUCAGUGCCUGGAGUGUGGGAGGAGGUUCAGGCAGCCAUCAAACCUGACCUGCCACCAACAGACUCACGCCGAGAGGGGAAAUACCCUGCAGGCCAAACAACUGUCAGAGCUGGCAGCUGACUGACAUGAGGGCUCUGUAUCAAUCAUGUGGGAUUCUGGGUAAAGCAGGGAGCUGUACUGACGGACUCCUUAACCUUGGGGGCUUUUGGUUCCUUUGCUUCAUACUGACUGCGGUGGUCAGUGUAACCCCCUUCACCUUUCCACUCCUGGGCUGACUGGAGAGAAGCAUCCUUCUUCUACUUGCGGAGGGUUUUGUUAUUCACUAAAGCUGGGUACUGCCCCAGUCCCUUUGCUGUCCUGAGUGGCCUGUUGGGUCUGCCUCUCCAGAAGAGACUUGGCCUGUGGCCAACAGGAUCAGUACAGGAGAUAGGUGGGCCAGGAGCAGCAGGAAUUAAAGCAGUUACUGUAGCUGCUAGGAUUGAGUAUACAGUAAUCUCCUUAUGCUCCUCUCCACGCUCUGCUGCAGCCUUGCUACUGUACAAGGUAGGGCUAGGCCAGGGCGGGAGCAAGGCGGGCCUGCUACAAGACCUCCACGUGGUCCUUUGCAGGACCCACCUCCAUUUGUCUCACACUAUGUCUAGUGCAGUGGGAGCCAAGCACCUGGCAUGGGUUAGUCAGACUUUAGUGAUGGGAGGUCCUUAUUGCUCAAGAGAGCAAGGCAAGGAUGUGGUGACUAACUCCGAAUGGGUACCAGCAGGGCAGUGCCUCGAGCUCGGUUCAGACUCUCACCAAUGCACUCCUAAGGCUGGAAAUGCCUUGCUUGCCUAUUAACACUCUGUUGUUCAUGUUUUGUUCCUAUUAGUUCAUUCUCUCCCUCUUGAAGAUAUUUUCCCUCCACGUUUCUUCUUUAAGCCUGUGUUAAUAAAAGGGGCUUCUCUGAGACUGAUCUUAUCCUGCACAGUGAUCCCUAGCAGUGGGCAGUGACUGAACCCAACCAAGGCAGCUGGCUCUCAAAGCACAACCCUCUAUGCCUGACCUAUUCUAAAGGACCUGCUCCAGCAAGCAGCAGCAGGCUCAUAAACUUCUAUUAACUGCCCUGAAACGUUGUUAAUGCAGAGUGAAGCUUGCCCAGCCCCCUCUCGUUCCCUCCCAGACUACAGAGGCUAAACUUAAACCUCUGCAACCCAGGAACCACAGGAUUAAGGUAGCUGCCCCUCCUACCACAUCACCUUAACUGUGUUACCCCUUACUCAAAGGAUGCAAAUAGAGCCCUCACACAACCCAAGGAAGCAUGUGGAUUGCAGAGCAUUUAGAAAAGUCCUCUGUUAAAUCUCAACCGUAACUACCCAGAGCUGCUGCUCUGCUCUCAUCCUGGCCUUACUCCUGGAGGGGGAAGGGACUGGUUUGUACAACCCCCAUGGCUCCUGCUCCUUGGCUCCCACUCCUAGAUGUUACGCCAGAGGCAGGGGUGUCCCGGGGCAUGGAAACUUUAUUACAAUUAAAGCAAAGUGCAUGGAAAUGUAGCUCUGCUUGUAAUCAGUCUUGUCCCACAUCAUUUUACUCUUGCAGGUACUAGGAGGAGGGGGUCACGAAAAUGUUGGACUUUGGGCGGAGACGGGAGCCUCACUGACCUCAGUCACUGAGCCGAGCUCGAACAGACACGGCUCUGUUCCCGCAAGCCCUCCACCCUCUGCCUUACGCAGCCGCAGCCUGCGGCGCUCGAUAGCAACCGCUCUCCUUGGAAAAUAAACAGCUUGUUGUUUGAUUGAGCUUUAAAUAGUCCAGUUAGCGAAGCUCAGGGGGUCAUGGGUGCUGCCCCACCCGGCAGGGAGAGGCCUGGGUUCAGACAGCGUACCCAGGGGCAGCUGGAGCAGGUCCCGAGAGGUUAGUCCUAUGGUUUGGGCAGAGAAACGGCCCCUGGGGCUAGACUGACUGGGCAGGCGGGUGAGGGCGAUUGCUCUGUGUCUGAGCCAGACAGUGCUCUACAAACGACCCCCCCACGCCCAAGGGCUGGUCUACCGCUCUGAGCAGAGCAGCCCCCGACUGUCCCCCGGUGACCCGCUGUGGGU